CUUCAUAUCCACGACAGCUGCAAAGCCGCCCAUACCAAGGACAUGAGCCGGCACCGAAGCCGCAAAGUCGCGCUGCCGGGACCCGACUUCCCAGACGCACAAUCCGAGCGAUACGACCAGAUCGCCCAGGGCUUGCUGCAGUUCGCGCUGGAGUUUUGCCACCAGCUGCGCCUCGCUGGCCGCACGGGCAACAUCCUCUUCUCGCCGUACGCUGUAGCGAGCACGCUCGAAGUGCUUCUGCACGCCGCAAGGGGCGCCACCGCGCAACAAAUCGCGUGCGCCCUCCAUCUGCAGCCCGCAUGCCGCUCCCGCCGGCCGAUCACGGAAGACUAUUUCGCUCGCCUGCACGCCCAGUGCCGCUCGUGCGUGAGUGUAUCCUCACUGCGCCUGAAGGUGGGCAACCUAAUCUGUCACGACCGGAGCCUUCGGAUCCGGCGCGAGUUCCGACGCUCCGAUGGAGCACGCGCCGUGCGCUUGAGGCCGCACAAUUUCGUCGCUGACGCGGACGGAAGCCUAGCGCGCAUCGCCGAGGAGGUACGCCAGGCGGUCCCCCGCUUCGACGCCCACGAGAUUCUGCCAGAGUCGUCAACAGCAGCAGCGGCUCAGCCCGGUCUGGUUUCGAACACCUCGUUGCUGCUUCUGAGCUUUGUGGGAUUCGCGGGCGGCUGGCGGGUGCGUUUUAGCCGAGCGUGCACCACCGACGCCCAAUUCCACUUAGCGCCUGGCAGAACCAAAAAGGUCCGCAUGAUGCACCAGUCGGGGCGUUUCCUGCUGGCCGACUGUCCUUCGCUGGGCGCCAGUGCGCUGGUGCUGCCGUACCGGCGAUCGGGCGCCGUCAUGGUUCUCUUCCUGCCCCAAGACUUGUACGGUCUCGGUGCGCUCCAAGAACAGCUCAGCGCCGGCGCAUUCGAGCUGCAGUUCCGCGAGCGCGACGUCGACGUCAGCCUGCCCCGGUUCCGGUUACGACAGGUGACCGACCUGAAGCGCGUUCUUCCCGCACUGGGCGUGGAGGACGUGUUCACGGAGCGCGCUAACCUGUCCGGUCUCAGCCCGGACAAAGGGGUGCGGGUGACGCUGGCGCGACACGCGGCCUGCUUCACCGCCAGCGAGCGAGGUGGCAAGCCACGCGAACAGAAUGCGGCAGCUGCCGACGCGUCGGCCACCUCGGUCACUUCCACGGCGUCGGGCACUGGAGCGCAGCAGAUGGCGACGGGCACCGACAAUGCCACGGGUCCAGACGCCAGGAUCGGCGAGCGGCGCAAGUUCGUUGUCGACCACCCGUUUAUGUUUCUCAUUUUGAACAACGACGUCGACUUCUUUCUUCUCUUCGGACUCGUCAAGAAGUGAACGCCUCUACUUCAACCCGC